CCCAGCUCCCCUCUCCGCCGGGCCCUGCGCUGAGCAAGUGGGGCAUGUCCUGACUUGGGAUGGCGGCUUUGGAGAGCUUCGGUGCCACCCACCCCGGCGACCCCCAGCCUGGGGACCUGAUCGAGAUCUUCCGGCCAGCUUACCAGCACUGGGCCCUCUACCUGGGGGACGGGUACGUCAUCAACGUGACACCUGUAGAUGAAGGGCCCCCAGCCAUGUUCGCCAGCUCCAAGUCAGUGUUCAGCAGAAAGGCCCGGGCGAGGAUGCAGCUUCUGAAGGACGUGGUGGGAAACAACACCUACCACAUCAACAACAAGUACGAUGGCACCUACGCUCCCCUUCCAGUGGAGGAGAUCAUCCGUCGCGCUGAGUACUUCAUCGACCAGGAGGUGUCCUAUGACCUGCUCGGCAACAACUGCGAGCACUUCGUGACACUGCUCCGCUACGGCGAGGGGGUCUCUGACCAGGCCAAACGAGCAAUCUGUGCCAUUGGGGUUGUAACAGCUGCCGCUGGUGCCUUCUCCGUGCUGGGCUUGCUCCGGAGCAGAUCCAGAGAGAGACAGUACUGACGGGCCGCCAGGACAAGCUGGGAGCAGAGCAGGGAGCCCCUGCCCGGGAGGGACCCAGGACAAUUUGUGGCCACAGCUGCUGCCAAGGCUUACUAACAACUGCACUGCCCUUGCAGAGGGCAGUGUUAGCCUAUUUGCCACAUCUGCUUUUAUUGCAUUGCCUGUGAUAACUUUUGUGAUAGUCUGGGAGUGCUUGCAAGCAAAUUUUCCACCCUCACGCUCCUGCUGCUCUGCUGAGGCCUGGCACAAGCUUUCUAUACAUCCUGUGGGCCCUUUCUGUGAAUAACCUAUUUUAACCUUCAUAUUUUUACUUUUUUUUUAAUCAAAAGUAACGUAAAACUAUUGCUGAGGGUUUAUUGUGUGUCCUCCAGCUAAGCACCUGUGCAAGUAGAAAACCCCAGGUUCCAAGGCCUGCAAAAGGGCAGACAAAGCAUGCACUGUCCCCCAGAGCCCGUGCCCACGGUGUCUAAACAGAGCUGCUCCUGUGAGGGUGGGAGGUAGGAAGGAAGGGCAGGUCUUACAGGCUUUUUUUGUCAGUGUUUGAAAUGAGUGCUCUGGUUUUGGCAUGAUGGUGUUUUGCUCAGUCUUCUACCUGGCAAGCAUCCCUUUUCUUGGCUUCUCUGGCUCCCUUUGGGAGCAGCAGACCCCCAGUCUGGGGCAGGGGGCUGACAAAAAGCCCAGCUAGCUUUUUCUGUGGCAGCUGUUUGUUCUAGGUUGGGACUGCUGUGCCACUGAAAUUUCCCUCUUCAUCCCUGUAAGUGCAGUAGUUGUUGGCCUUGGACCUGACCAAGGUUACUAGAUGAUCUUUAAGGUCCCUUCCAACCCAAACCAUUCUAUGAAUCUACUCCUUGGGCUGCCAAAGCACUGAGGUUUAAAGAAAGACCACCAUGGUCUGCAAGGGCAGCCAGGAGCCUUUGCCUAGCCCCUCACCCCAGAGCUGGGGCCCUUGGCUCCUCAGUGCCCAGAAGCUGAGUUUAAGCCAGUUGUAGCCCCAGCAGAAGACUGACCUUCCAGCCAGCGGGAAGGCAAAGCCAGGGUCCCUGCAGUGCUGUGGGCAACGUACCUGGAGAACAAGCUGUGCAGCACCUAUACACCACCUCCAAAUCUGCACACCCCUGUUAUUUCCCUGUCACAAAGCUGAUGUGUGGCUUGUCUUAGAGAAAACUGUUUUGGAAAAGUGUGAUUUAUUACCCUUUACCAGGAGUAUCAUCUGGCUUGAGUGUUUGGAGCCAUGUUAUUUGCAAAUUGCAUUCCUGUGUUGCUUUCACCACAUGCAACUGCCUGGACUGUAAGAAGAGAAGAGAUGAGAGCAAAAGAGCUGUCUGUAAGAGGCUUGCUAUUUUUGACUGGUCUUAACAUGUACAUGAGGGGAUCAGAAGCUUUUUUUAAACAUCAUUUGUUUCAGUGUUUGAAAUAACAUAGCCCAGACUUCUGGUCGUAUUUUGUAGUGCCCUCUGUUACUACAUUUAAAUAAAGUUCCUCUUUUUAUUUAUGGGAAAACAUAUUAUAAUAAAACAAUCUGGAAGUC